AUGAGAGGCGGGGCCUUCGCCGCCCGUACACUGCCGUUCACGCUAGGAAUGUCUAAUGCCAAGCUGCCGGUUCUUUUCAUGGCCCAUCCUCGUGCGCCGUGGAUGAGAAAAGGGCCGAGUGAAAAUUACCACGCGUGGUUCAAAGCGGAGGCCCGCCUUGUCGUAUCGGAUUACCAACACAAAGCCAACAUGCUUCGGUCAGUGCUCGGAGGACUCGCCACUGCGGCAGCCCUCAGUCAGAAUGCCCACGCUCAGUUCGUGGUGACAGAGGACGACUACUUCUACGGGCAGUCUCCACCAGUAUACCCGUCACCUUCGCAAGAUGCAAACGUGGCCUGGGCCGAUGCUAUCAGCAAAGCCAAGGCAAUGGUCUCGCAACUGACGUGGGACGAGAAAGUCAACCUGACAUCGGGCGUGACUUCAACCACAGGCUGCUCAGGGUUCGUUGCUGCAAUCCCUCGCUUGGGCUUCCCAGGUCUAUGUCUCAACAAUGCCGGAAACGGUGUCGGCGCUACAGACUACGUGAGCGCGUUUGCAAGUGGCAUACAUGUCGCCGCAAGUUGGAACAAGGAGCUGGCAUACGAUCGAGCCUGGCACAUGGGGCUCGAGGCCAGGACGAAGGGCGUCAACAUCCUCUUGGGUCCUGUCGUAGGCCCAGUCGGUCGAGUUGUCCAGGGAGGCAGGAAUUGGGAAGGCUUUUCGCCCGAUCCGUACCUCAGUGGUCAAUUGGUUCAUGAGACUGUGUUGGGAACACAGGACACGGGAGUCAUGACUAGUACGAAACAUUUCCUAGCUCACGAGCAGGAAUCUCACCGCCUUCACACGAGGACAAAUCACACCGCGUGGGCCGUCCCUGGAUCUUCCAAUGUUGACGACAGGACCAUGCACGAGCUUUAUCUGUGGCCCUUCGCCGACUCGGUCCAUGCUGGUACAGGCAAUAUCAUGUGCGCUUACAAUCGAGUCAACAACUCCGGCCUCUGCCAGAACAGCAAAGCCAUCAAUGGGCUGCUCAAGACGGAGCUUGGGUUCCAAGGUUUUGUCGUAUCAGAUUGGGGUGCCCAGGACUCGGGUGUCGGAUCUGCCCUUGCUGGCUUGGAUGUUGUGAUGCCAAGUUCAACACUCUGGGGUGCAAACUUGACACUUGCCGUGAACAACGGCACUGUGAACGAGACCCGUGUUGAUGAUAUGGUUACUAGGGUCCUCGCAUCCUGGUACCAGCUUGGCCAAGACGCUGCAGAUUUCCCGGAACCUGGUUACGGUUUGACCUCUGACCUCUCGCAGCCUCACCGCGUCGUCGACGCCCGCAAUGCAAGCUCGAAGCCCACCUUGCUCGCUGGUGCUGUCGAGGGCCAUGUUCUUGUGAAGAACACGGACGGUGCCCUGCCUUUGAAAUCGUCAGAUAUGAAGUUGAUCUCACUCUUUGGGUACUCAGCCAAAGCGCCUAACGUCAAUACGUGGGUAGCACCCCCUACCGGGGCUGCAUUCACUCAAUGGACGGGCGGUGCUCAAUCAGCCAACUACACAGACCUCUACCUCGGAUUCUUCGGAGACCUGAGUCUACAGUACUCUGGAAUAGCUCGUAAUGGCACAAUGAUCGGCGGCGGAGGAUCCGGUGCGGUGUCGCAGAGCUUUACCAGCUCCCCUUAUGAUGCGCUUGUUGCACAGGCCUAUGAAGACUCGACGGACCUUUACUGGGACUUCGAGAACGGAGAUCCCCUUGUCAACCCCACAAGCAACGCCUGUAUCGUCUUCGGCAACGUUUGGGCCACAGAAGGCUACGACCGACCUUCUGUCCGCGAUGACUACACCGACGGCCUGAUCAACAAUGUCGCAGACCAAUGUGCCAACACCAUCAUUGUGUUCCACAACGCCGGCAUACGUCUUGUCGACCAGUUCGCAGACCACCCCAACAUCACGGCCAUCAUCUUCGCCCAUCUCCCAGGACAGGAUAGCGGCAGAGCCCUUGUCAACCUUCUCUACGGCAGGGAGAACCCCUCUGGACGCCUCCCAUACACAGUAGCCAAGAAUGAGACCGACUAUGACAACUUCCUGAAGCCCGAUGUUGUCCUUGAUGGCAUGUUCCAGCACUUCCCCCAGUCAAAUUUCACUGAGGGCGUAUAUAUCGACUACCGCCACUUCGACCUCAAGAACAUUACGCCCCGCUACGAGUUCGGCUUCGGCCUCAGCUACACUACCUUCGACUACAGCAACCUGCAGAUUAGCCAGACCAACAGCUCGACAGCUUCGUACCCGACCGGUGCUGUCGCCUUGGGCGGCCAGACCGAUCUGUGGGACGAGCUGGUUACCGUCACAGCGGACGUCACCAACUCGGGCGGCGUGGACGGCAAGGAGGUAGCGCAAUUGUAUGUCGGAAUUCCUGGUGAGGACGUGCCCGUGAGGCAGCUACGUGGCUUUGAGAAGCCUUCCAUCACGGCUGGGGAGACUUCGACUGUGACUUUCACGCUUACGAGGAGGGAUUUGAGCAUCUGGGACGUUGUGGCUCAGAAAUGGCUCCUCCAGGCUGGAGACUACACAGUGGAGGUCGGCAGGUCGAGUAGGGACUUGCCACUGAAGGGCACGCUUAGUAUUUCAUAA